UCGGUUCAUAGUGCGAUCGAGAUGCAGAACGCAUAAGAGACCAAGAGACCGAAAGACCGGCCUCAGUUAAAACUGUGUGUGCAUAUCGGCAAAUUCGUUAGCAAAUAAUAAGAAAGUUUUUGAGUUAAAAGAUCAGUGUGCGUCUCAUAAGUAGCGUACACAUGCUUCAUAAAUUUUUUCUCGAUCGGAUUCUGUGUGAAUAGUCACAUAUUGUUAUUCAUCAAAUCAAAUCUAAUCAUAUCGAAGAUAUUUGUUUCAAUAUUGAUGUUUUUUUGAUUAAAAGUUUAAGUUCACAUUCUUUUCAAAUUAAGCUAUGAUUUUGUUUUCGAAAAAAAAAUCCGUUUAUAAGACGGAGUCGGAUUGAAUGUAAUUUUUUUAUAUCUGAUCAAGAAAAUAAAAGAAAGAAGGAAUUAAGAAUGCCAGCCUGCACCAGCGAAAACGUUUCAAGAAUUUGGUCUUCAAGUCCAUCGAAUUCCAGAAGCAAUAGCGUAUCACCUCCUAUUCCUAGUUCACCUCUAUCUACUUCACCACCCUUGAUAUCACCGAUAUUAACUUUGAAACGAUCUAUAUCGAAUAUUUCUAAUUCUUCUUAUGCAUCGAAUACUUCCCAGUCAUCAAAUGUUUCUCGAUCAUCAAACAAUUCAAGCACUCCUACUGUGAUAUUUUCAUCGAGACGACAGCAACAACAGCAACAACAGAAAUUACAGUUAAGUUACCAAACUCAAUUGACACAAGGACAAAAUCACAAUCGGAACAAUUCAUUAUUGUUGAAGAUUUUCACUGCAUAUAUAGAUUUACUAUUCAGAACACUUCAAGGUAUCAUUAGCGUAAUAAGUUACGUUAUCUGGGCACCAGCACUUUGGGCAUCUAUUUGGAUUUAUAUGUUAUGGGUAAUUUUUCAAUUUCCCUUAACUAUUUUCAAAUGGUUUUUGACAGUAUUUUAUAUUCCAAUUUCGGAAAGGACUCGCUACAAACGGUGUAUCCUUAUCAGUGGUGGCAGCACAGUGCAGACAGUUCAUCUAGCACGAAAUUUUCAUAAGGCAGGAGCUAAAGUGGUGAUUUGCGAAUUGGAAGGAUUGUUUGGUUUGGCCAAGUUUUCAACCGCGUGUUCCAAAUUCUAUACAAUUCCAAAACCUGGACCUGAAAAUGUGAUCGAAUAUAUUAAAGCUUUAAAAAAUAUCGUCCAGAAAGAAAAGAUUAUUUAUUAUAUCCCGGUAAGUGCUACCAAUACAGCUUAUUACGAUGCUUUGGCAAAACCUUAUUUGGAGGUUAUGGGUUGUGAAUGUUUUGUGCCCAGUGUUAGUGAAGUGACAAUCCUCGAAGAUCCUUUAGAACUUUUACAAAGAUGUCGUGCAUUAAAUUUACCAGCACCCAGUUAUAAUGUUUUACGUUCUAUACAAGAUGUAUCAAGAAUGUACGAACAAAAUGCAUUUGCUACCGAAAGAUAUUUGAUGUUGGCCGCGGGUCCGGUUGGAAUGAGAGAUCGAAGUAAAAUAGUACUGCCUCCAACAUUGAGAGAAUUGAGAAAUCAACAAUACGAGAUUAGUAAGAAUAAACCUUGGAUAGUAAUUCAUGAUCCUAGUGGGAAACAUUAUAUCACUUGCACCACUGUGAAAGAAUCGAAGAUAGUGGCUAAUGUAACCUGCUUGGUAGACGAAGGACGAGGUUUCAUACCUGAAGAAAGACCAGAAAUAGUAAAAUGGCUCGACAAGUUUUUUGUUCGUGCAUUUAGUACUAAAAUCAAUGGACACUUAAGCUUCAGAUUGGCUUUAACAAAGGAAGGAGAAUUAGUGCCGAUCGGAUGUCGUGUAGGCGUUAGCUUGCCUUAUAUUUGUUAUACGGAAAUUCAUCCUCGGUUGGUAUGGAGAUCAUGUAGACAUUUUUCCAGGCAAAAUUCUGGAAUGCUGACUACGUUGGAAAGACAUUUAUCGUCAGAUACAAUGAAUUAUGCAUUAAAACAAUCAACAGGAGAAACAAUUUCUCAUUUAUUGAGUAAUGUGCUUGACAAACGAGAAGCACUUUUCGCUUAUUGGGAUCCGUUGCCAUACUGUGCCUAUUAUCAUCUUCAACUGCCAUUUAGGCGCCUGGCAGGCAUGAUUCGAGCACAGCCAGUACAACAUAAUCCACCAUUAGCAGUAGUACAAUCGAGAAAAUUUUUAAAGCUAGGUUAUGAGGAAUUCUUUCAGCUUGAACAGAUGAAUAGAGAAACAGACUGA